CCUUCCAGCAGCGUGAAACGCCGCCCCCUGUCGGCCGCUCGCUGUAACUGCAGGCCCGGCCAGCUCGGAUGUGUCUCGACGCAGCAGCAGCAGCAACACAAACGCCAUCUUUAACUCAUAGGCAAACUACUGGAGCAGAGUUGUGGGAGCGAAACUAGGUCAGGCGGUCGGAAAACGAAAACACUUGUUUAAAACUUGCUCGGUUACGCUCCUAGUCGGUGUCUGCUAACCUCCCGACACUCCGUGCUGUCCUAUGGUCCAAUGUGUUUGAUCGGUCGGACAGCUCUAACGCAGUUUUCUUGUGUCGGUCCCGGUUGAGUGAUCUCUGCCUUUUCCCUGAUAAACAGUAAAACGGAGGUGAAAGCCAGGAUGAAACGCGGCCUGCAAGGGAAUGAGGAGGAGGAUGGAGGUGGCACCAGCGGUGGCUCUCAGGAGACUCUUAAACGGUCCCUCAAGCAGAAGAGGAAGAAAGAUUUGGAGGAAGAAGGAGCCCACUGGGAGUGUCUGCCACAGGAGAUCCUGCUUCACAUCUUUCAGUACCUGCCUCUACUGGAUCGGGCUUAUGCUUCUCAGGUGUGCCGGGGCUGGAACCAGGCUUUUCAUAUGCCAGAGCUGUGGCGGUGCUUUGAGUUCGAGUUGAAUCAACCAGCAAGCUCGUACCUAAAGGCCACACAUCCAGACCUCAUCAAACAGAUAAUCAAAAGGCACUCCAAUCACCUGCAGUAUGUCAGCUUUAAGGUGGACAGCAGCAGAGAGUCCGCAGAAGCAGCGUGCGACAUCCUCUCUCAGCUCGUGAAUUGUUCCCUGAAGACACUGGGGCUCAUCUCCACAGCCAGGCCCAGCUUCAUGGAGCUGCCCAAAUCUCACUUCAUCUCAGCACUGACAGUGGUUUUUGUCAACUCCAAAUCGCUGUCCUCCCUGAAGAUCGAUGACACACCGGUGGAUGACCCCUCCCUUAAAGUCCUCGUGGCCAAUAACAGCGACACCCUCAAACUGCUGAAAAUGAGCAGUUGCCCUCAUGUUUCACCUGCAGGCAUUCUAUGCGUGGCCGAUCAGUGCCAUGGCCUGAGAGAACUGGCUCUCAACUACCAUUUGCUGAGUGAUGAACUUCUCAUCGCCCUCUCCUCAGAGAAGCAUGUUCACCUUGAGCACCUUCGCAUCGACGUGAUCAGCGAGAACCCCGGCCAACAGUUUCACACCAUCAAGAAGAGCAGCUGGGACGCCAUGGUGCGCCACUCUCCCAAAUUCAAUCUGGUCAUGUACUUCUUCCUCUAUGAGGACGAGUUCGGGCCUUUCUUCCGCGACGAAAUCCCCAUUACGCAUCUGUACUUCGGCCGCUCCGUCAGUAAAGAUGUGCUGGGCCGCGUCGGGCUCACCUGCCCACGUCUGGUCGAACUGGUGGUGUGCGCCAACGGGCUGCGGCCGCUGGAUGAAGAGCUGAUCCGCAUUGCCCAGCGCUGCACACAGCUGUCUGCCAUCGGCUUGGGAGAGUGCGAAGUGUCCUGCAGCGCCUUCGUGGAGUUCGUCAAGAUGUGUGGAGACAGGCUGACACAACUAUCCAUCAUGGAGGAGGUACUGGUUCCAGAUCAUCGCUAUGGGCUGGAUGAUAUCCACUGGGAGGUGUCAAAGCAUUUGGGUCGCGUCUGGUUCCCAGACAUGAUGCCUACCUGGUAAAGCUCUGCAUGAAGAUUUUGGAAGAGUUUGGUCCAGGUUUUUUUUUUGUGAGUGUGUGUGUGUCACUGUUUUUGACACCCCUCAUCUCUCUCCUGUUUGUAAGAAACCUCUUACCCAGGCAUGUAAAAAGUUUCUCUCCCAGGAAUUUGACAUGACAUUGUCUUGUUGUCACAUUUAGCACCUUGUUCUACAACACCCUGCAGAUUGUUUAGGUGUAGUGUUUUUAGGAGUUUUCAGGGGUGACACUUUUCUAUUGAUAUUUUUAAUUACCAGGAAUGUGUGGGCGUUAUUGGGAAUGAAUGGGGACAUUGCGGGUGUUAUUUUAUGUACAGAGACACCUAGUGUGAAGCUUGUUAUAGACUAGGUGAUUGAUCACAAGACUAAGGUCAGGUAGGCCAUACCACACAUGUCUCCUGUCUCCUAUCAUUGUGUCUCUAUUUGAUGUAUUUGAUUGUGUUUCUUAGCCACUGCAUCAGUUGGAAAUAGAGGACUGUCUCUUUCGCUGUCCUCUGAUUUGAUAUGGACAAAGUUAAAGACAGUUCUGUCUCUUUUUUCUAAGCACAGCUAUCUGAUAACGGCUUUGGCUACAAUCAUCUUAGUCUGUAUAUACUGUGUAUACCAGAGUGAUGUUUGAACAUAUGUUCUGUGUAAUGUACAGUACCUGUAUUUCUGCAUUGCCUGACCCAUGCUCCUGUUAUAAUUGUAAAUAUCAAAGUGUUGCGAAACAAAUGGGAGGG